GCUGGCAGGAGUCUCUUAACGGAAGCGAAGCCCCUGUAAUCUUCGAACUUCCUCUGCAACUUGGACGAAAAUGGCGGUUUUACCCGGAAAUCUCUCCCUCAAGAUGGCACUUCAGCUUCAGAGCAGAGUCUUCUCCAUCCCAUGGGUUAAGAAGAGUGGUGCAAUCCAGUGUUUAGGAAGGAGGGACCUCGGUUCUUCUGUUCCUAUCAGGUACGUUCCCAAAGUACCUUCGAAAAGGAACAAGGUUAACAAGCACGAGAAACCUGAUACUCCACCAGCCAAGAGUUCAGGUGUAAGGGAAGCUCAGAGCAUGUCAAAUGCUGAUGCGAUGAGGUCUCGGGUUUAUCGUGGAGGUAAAGGAGAAGUGAUUGCAAAUGGUUCAGUGUUUGCGGAGAUUCGGAGCCCUGUGGACGAGCGGAUGCCAAUCACCGACAUUAUUGAUGUUACACCCGGGUUGGGGAAAGAAACCAUUGAGGAUGCCAUUGAGAUCAAUGGCGACUUUAUUGAAGGAAUUGAAGAAGAUGCUGACGAGAUUGAAAUUCAUCGAGGGGAUAACAGUAGCGUUGGCAGUGUGCCAAGAGGUGGCAAAUCUAGAAAAGAUGCCGAAAAUUUGGCCUUUCAAUUGCUGGCUACCAGGGCAUAUACAGCAGUGGCACUGACAAAGAAAUUGCAAGGGAAGAGAUUUCCUCCUGCUAUUGUUGAAGGUGUGGUGAAUGAUUUCAAGAGCAGAGGGUUCAUCAAUGAUGGUCUUUAUGCUGAGACGUAUUCACGAUCUAGAUGGUCUUCGUCCUGCUGGGGUCCUAGGAGAAUAAAGCAAGAACUGUUCAAGAAGGGAGUCAGCAAAUCUGAUGCUGAGAAAGCCGUAAAACUGGUUUUUGAGGAGUGUGAUUCUAGCUUUGAGCAAGAGUCAAGUCUCGGUCUGUCAAAGGUGGCACUAGAUCACUUAUUUUCUGAGGCCUCAAAGCAGUGGCUCCGAAGUCAGGGUGUGCCCGUUGAUACACAGAAAUCAAGGAUUGUCAGGUGGCUUCAGUACCGUGGGUUCAACUGGGGUGUUAUAAGCGUCAUCCUAAGAAAAUUAGAAUCCCAGGCGUCUUUGGAGAAGAAAUAAAAUCUACCUUCUGAUGCAAAUCUUCCUAGAAGGAUCAGCAUCUGUUUUGGUGGACAUUGAUUUCGCGAUAGUACUUAAAUUUCGGAGGGCACAAUGCAAUUCACAGAGCCAACAGGACUAUGAAAGGAGUGACUCAAGCUGUUCAUUCUUCCAAUGUUGCAUCACAGAGCCAAGGCUUCCUCUUGUUUCAGUAAAUAACAUGACCGUGCAAGCCUUGUUACAGACGCAAGUGAUACAGUCCACUUGGGAAGUUGAAGGUGAUGUUACUGUGACAAACAAUAUCUGAGUUAGUUGGUUUUUUCUCUCCUCAUUUUAUGUUAUGUAUUUUAGUUCAUCGAUGUGCGGUCGUUGAAAUCACUAUAAUUUUGUUUAUCUUAGACAGUUGACAAUGGCUACACAAGAUCCUUCUCCA